UCGUUCAGAACUCCUUGAUAGAGGAAAACUCUUUUGCUGUUCCUCAGGUUUCAUUUGUUAUUUCAAACCAAACGAAUAUUACUUGUAACUUUAUGAAUGCUAAUGGCAUCCAUGAUUGCACACAAUAUGUAAUGCAACCACAACUAGUUCCUUAUCAAUAUAUGGAUUAUAAGGAUUAUAACGGAAGUUUUUCUGCUCCUGGAUUAUUAUUUUCUAAAAUACCCAAUGAUGGAGCAAGUUCAAUGGAAUUUAAAUUUUAUUCAAAUGAUCCUACCUUAUUAAAUGCAAGUGAUUAUUAUAGUCUACCAUUUACCACAUCUUAUAAAUUUAAAUUAACAAGAAGAAGAAAAGACAUUAUGUUUCUAAGUUGGCAAAAUUAUUUGGGAUUUUCAUCUAACCUUUUGCAAAUACCAUAUUUUACAUCGACAAUGGAAGCAUUUCCACUUCAAAACGACACACCAGC